UGUGCCUCCUUUGCAGUGAGCUCAUACUGGGAGCAGGAGGAGGAGGAGCCCGGCGUCCCAUAGCCUACCGGAUCAAGUGUGGACCAAGUGCGUGUGGAGGUACGCUAGAAGACUGGGGAAACUUUCUUGUUACUUUAAUAUCCAUGACAUUUAUCAGGGGAUCUACAAAGAGGAUUCCAGGAAUCUUGCUAUGUUCAAGUCAGUGCUGAAGAAGAACAGAGAUGGUGGCAAGGGAAGCAAGAAGGAUGCAGGUGAUGUUCACUGUCACAGCGCCCAAGGAAAAUUCCCACCUGAGGGAAACCCCCAACUCCAGGGCCAUGGCAGUGGUCAUUCUUACGUACAGGAUGACGUUUUCAGACUAAGCCUGGCCAAGGGAGUGUCCAUGUCUCUCCCCUCAUCACCUCUGCUGCCACGACAAACCCACAUGAUGCCCUUACGUCCCAGCAAAAGAUCACCAGGUCCAAUCAGGAAACCCAAAUAUGUGGAGAGUCCUCGUGUUCCCUCUGAUGCCAUCGUGUCAGCGCUGAGGAAAGUAGCCGAUAACAAGGAGCCCUUGCACAAUGAGCUGCAAGCAGAGAAACAGCCAAGCUCCUCCUCUCCUGCCACCCAGGAACUGAUGACAAGGCUGGGCUUUUUACUGGGAGAAGGGAUCCCGGGUGCAGCACGCAUACCUAUGGACGACAAGAAUGAAAAGAAGUGCUCCGUGACUAGCCAGGGCAUCAGCCCCUGCUCUACACUGACCAGCAGCACGGCGUCUCCCAGCACCGACAGCCCAUGUUCAACACUCAACAGCACAACCAGCCGCCCGCCUCUCAGCCGCUCCAGCCCCUGUGGGACCAUCACCAGCCCCAGCUCCACACUUGAGAGCAAAGACAGUGGGAUCAUAGCCACCAUCACGAGUUCUUCAGAAAACGAUGACCGUAGCGGCUCCAGCCUGGAAUGGAGUAAGGAUGGCAGCCUGAGAGGCAGCAGGCACCAUGGCUUGGCACAGAGUCUGCGGGCUGAAACCUGCUCUCCUGUGGCCGAGGAGGACUCUAACAGCGCCACAGCAACACCAGCUGACACCCAAUCUAAGACAGAGCAGCAGCAGCAGCAGUCCAACAUAUCAGCAGGGGCAUCAGGACCACUACAGCCUCCAAGUCACUCACCUGAGGGACCCAUUCCAUGUCCACCACAGACGACAUCUUCUCUCAUGAUGCCGAGGCCAAACUCUGUAGCAGCGACCAGUUCGACAAAGCUGGAAGACCUGAACUUUCUUGAUGAACAGCGUAACACCCCCCUGCGGACCUCCAUUCGCCUACCCUGGCAUAAUACAGGAGGAAGACCACCUCAGGACUCUAAAGCCCGUUUUCCUCCCUACAAACCUGUGGACAUCAUGCUCAAGCCCUUGUUGUUUGAGGUGCCCAGCAUCACCACAGACUCUGUGUUUGUGGGCCGAGAUUGGAUCUUUCAACAGUUAGAAGAUGUCCUGAAGGCCAACGAAUCCACAGAGAACCAUGGUGCCGUGGUGGUGGGCAGCGUGGGCUAUGGGAAGACGGCCAUUAUCUCCCGGCUAGUAGCGCUGAGCUGCCACGGAGGCCGCAUGCGUCAGAUUGCCUCCAACAGUCCCAGUGCCUCCCCUAAAUGUGGUGGGGGACCAUACACAGAACUUCCUCUUACCCAGCCCCCACAGCCCACUCCACCCUCCAGUGCUACCAACACACUGAGGACCAACAGUUGCCCAGGGACCCCUGAGAUGCAGCGGUGCAAAGAGGAGGCUGUCAAACGUCUGGCUGCAAAGGUGGUGGCAUAUCACUACUGCCAGGCAGACAACACAUACACUUGUCUGGUACCAGAGUUUGUGCACAGCAUCGCAGCCUUGCUGUGCAGAGCACACCAGCUCAGUGCAUACCGGGAGCUGUUGCUGAAAGAGCCCCAGCUCCAGAGCAUGCUCAGUCUGCGCUCCUGUGUUCAGGACCCAAUGGCCGCUUUCCGUAGGGGGGUUCUAGAACCCCUAGCCAUCCUUCGUAAAGAGCGUAAGAUUCCAGAGGAAGACCACAUCAUCUUGGUAGAUGGGCUGAAUGAAGCAGAGUUUCAUAAGCCUGACUAUGGAGACACCAUUGCCUCCUUCAUCACUAAGAUCAUUGCCAAGUUCCCCUCCUGGCUUAAACUGGUGGUCACUGUCCGGGUCAACUUACUGGAGAUCACCAGCCUUCUGCCCUUCACCAAAAUUUCCCUGGAUGACUUUACUGACAACAAAGAGAUAAGCAAUGACCUCAGUGCAUAUAUUCAGUACCGUAUCAAUGGCAGCAAAGAUAUCAUGAACAAUAUUAGCCUGAAUGGCAAGGCUGACCCUAUCACAGUUGGCAAGCUCAGUAGCCACCUGAUCGCACGCAGCCAGGGUUCCUACCUGUAUCUCAAACUCACCCUGGAUCUGUUUGAGAGAGGCCACCUGGUCAUCAAAAGUGCCAGCUACAAAGUCGUGCCUGUCUCGCUGACUGAACUCUAUCAGUUACAGUGCAACAUGAAAUUCAUGACCAAUUCAGCCUUUGAGCGCUCCCUGCCCAUCCUCAAUGUGGCGCUUGCCUCUCUGCACCCCAUGACUGAUGAACAGCUGUUCCAGGCCAUCAACGCUGGCUUCGUCCAAGGGGAGCUGCAAUGGGAGGACUUCCAACAAUGCAUGGAGUUGCUCUCAUGCUUCCUCAUCAAGCGCCGGGACAAGACACGCAUGUUUUGCCACCCCUCCUUCAGAGAGUGGCUGGUGUGGAGAGCUGAUGGAGAGAGCAUGGACUUCCUCUGUGACCCCAGGACCGGCCAUGCUCUCAUGGCUUUCAUGUUGUCCCGCCAAGACGGGAAACUGAAUCGUCAGCAGACCAUGGAGCUGGGACAUCACAUCCUCAAAGCACACAUCUUCAAGGGCCUGAGUAAGAAAACAGGCGUGUCAUCCAGUGUGCUGCAGGCUUUGUGGAUCAGCUGCAGUGCUGAUGGCCUUUCUGCAGCUUUGGCCUCCCUGAGGAACCUCUACACGCCCAACGUCAAGGUGAGCCGUCUGCUGAUGCUCGGUGGGGCGAACGUGAAUUACCGCACAGAGGUCUUGAACAACGCGCCAGUGUUGUGUGUGCAGUGCCACCUUGGACACCAAGAAAUUGCCGCACUACUGCUCGAGUUUGGUGCCAGUGUAGACGUGGUGUCUGAAAAUGGCAUGAACCCCCUCUGCUUCUCGGCCGCUGCAGGACACCUGGGACUAGCUAUGCUUCUCUGCAAAAGGGGGGUCAAGGUUGAUCAUGUGGAUAAGAGUGGCCAAUGCGCAUUAGUCCAUGCUGCUCUUCGAGGACACCUGGACAUUAUCCAGUACCUGCUGGAGUUGGACUGGAUUGUUGAGGGGCAACAGCAGCAGCAGGACUGUGCUCUGAAGAACAAAGCUCUGCAGCAGGCUUUGAUCGCAGCCUCCAGCAUGGGACACACACAGGUUGUGAGUGGCUUGCUGGCUUUGAAUAAUGAGCAUGCUGUGCAAGUUGAUGGCUACGACACUCUGUGGGGAGAGACAGCCUUGACAGCAGCAGCAGGCCGGGGGAAAAUGGAGGUAUGCAGUUUGCUGUUGGAGCAAGGGGCGGUGGUACAGCAGGUCAACCGGCGAGGGGUGUCUCCUCUCUUCUGUGCCGUCAGACAGGGACACUGGCAGAUUGCAGAGCUGCUGUUGCAGCACGGUGCUGACAUUAACAUCAGCGACAAGCAGGGCAGGACCCUACUCAUGGUGGCCGCCUGUGAGGGCCACCUGAGCACUGUUGAGUUUCUGCUUUCUAAAGGUGCAUCUUUAACUUCGAUGGACAAGGAGGGACUGACACCCCUGAGCUGGGCUUGUUUGAAAGGACACAAGAAUGUAGUGCAGUUUUUGGUGGAGAAAGGUGCAGUGAUCGACCACACGGACAAAAACGGACGAACUCCGCUGGACCUCGCUGCAUUUUAUGGAGAUGCGGAGAUUGUCCAGUACUUGGUGGAAAGAGGUGCAGUGAUAGAGCAUGUGGACUACAGUGGGAUGAGGCCUCUGGACCGGGCCAUAGGCUGUCGGAACACGUCGGUGGUGGUGACUCUGCUGAAGAAAGGGGCCAAGCUGGGGAACGCUGCUUGGGCCAUGGCUACUUCCAAGCCUGAUAUCCUGAUAAUUCUUCUUCAGAAGCUGAUGGAGGAGGGAAACCUACUUUACAAGAAAGGGAAGAUGAAAGAGGCGGCCCAGAGGUACCAGUACGCCCUGAGGAAGUUUCCUAGAGAAGGCUUUGGUGAUGACCUGAAGGCGUUUAAAGACCUGAGGGUCUCCCUGUACCUCAAUCUCUCACGCUGUCGCAGAAAAACCAAUGACUUUGGGAUGGCUGAAGAAUUUGCAACAAAAGCACUGGAGCUGAAACCAAAAUCCUACGAGGCUUACUAUGCCCGUGCGAGAGCUAAAAGAAGCAGCAGGUAA